UUGAACACGGAAGUAGGAAUGGAAACGAGUUUUUUUUGUUCCUUGUGUGGAGUAAAGAAAAUACAUACUGACUAAACUGAAUAGGCUACCCAACUCUAAUUUGACAUAAAAUGUCUAAACUACAGUCGUUUCAUGUGUUUUUAAAUGAGCGUUUAACGGCGGCUGCUGUGGAGAUUUUUGGGGAAGUUGAGAAAACGGUAGUAGAAUACCAGGAGGAGAAUGAUCGGCUACGGAGACUGCUGCGGAGGACACCAGAGAUACAACAAUGUAGAAUAGUCCCUCCAGACCCCCUGCAGCUCUCUGUCUCUGAAGAGGAGGUUCCCCCUGAGCAGCAGCACUGUGAGCAGGAGUGGAGUCCCAGUCUGGGGCAGGAGGACCCAGAGACCACACAGAUUAAAGAGGAACAGGAGGAAGUCAGGACCAGUCAGGAGGAAGAGCAGCUUCAAGGGGUGGAGCCUGAUAUCAUAGAGUUCAUAUUUACUCCUCCUUGUGUGAAAAGAGAAUGUGAUCAGGAGGACCCACAUCAAGAAGCCAUACUAGCUGAACACCCAACUCUCAGUCCACUGAAAAUGUCUAAACUACAGUCGUUUCGAGAGUUUUUAAAUGAGCGUUUAACGGCGUUUGCCGCUGUGGAGAUUUCUGGGGCAUUUGUGAAAACGGUAGUGAAAUACCAGGAGGAGAAUGAUCGGCUACGGAGACUGCUGGAGAUCACACCAGAAGUUAAACUAUGUAGAAUAGACCCCCUGCAGCUCUCUGUCUCUGAAGAGGAGGUUCCCCCUGAGCAGCAGCACUGUGAGCAGGUUUGGAGCCCCAGUCUGGGGCAGGAGGACCCAGAGCCCACACAGAUUAAAGAGGAACAGGAGGAAGUCAGGACCAGUCAGGAGGAAGAGCAGCUUCAAGGGCUGGAGGCUGAUAUCAUAGGGUUCAUUUUCUCUCCUUCCUGUGUGAAGAGUGAAUGUGAUCAGGAGGACCAAACCCAGACUGUAGAGAACAGAGAGAGAGACUCUAAACCAGUGGAUCUGAAACCUUUUGGCACUGUGACCCACAUUAAGGGUCUCUACAUUCCCUGUGACCCUCCAGAUAAUCAAAACAAUGCCUCCAGCCACAGCUCAGCUGUAAGCAGUGACCCAGUAGGACUUGAUAUCAGUCCACUAUUGGGGGAACACCAUUCCAAACCUAGCAACACAUCUAGAAAAACUCACAGCUGCCAUGACUGUGGUGAAACAUUUGCUCUGAAAGCUGACCUGCAGAGACAUGUGACUCUCACCAAGAAGAGACCCAGUGAAUGUCGCUUCUGCAAAAAACGCUACAACUCCACCUGUAAACUGAAGGCUCAUGUCCGACUGUGUCACAGUGGGAAACCCUGCACCUGCCCUGUUUGUGGAAAGAUCUUCAAACAAAAGGGGCAUCUGUCCAGACACAUGAGGAUUCACACAGGAGAGAAACCUUUCAGUUGUGGUGACUGUGGGAAAAGCUUCCGUCUGAAGGGGCAUCUAACCAGGCACAAACUGAUUCACACAGGGGAAAAUCCAUUUAGCUGUGGUGACUGUGGGAAAAGAUUCAGUCUCAAGCAGCAUCUAACUAGGCACAAACUGAUUCACACAGGAGAGAAACCUUUUAGCUGUGGUGACUGUGGGAAAAGCUUCAAUCUCAAGAAGACACUAACUGAACAUAUACGGACUCACACAGGAGAGAAACCUUUUAGUUGUGGUGAUUGUGGAAAAAGCUUUAGUGUCAAGAAGACACUAAUUGAACAUAUACGGACUCACACAGGAGAGAAGCCAUAUAGCUGUGGUGACUGUGGGAAAAGCUUCAGUGUCAAUAGGAACCUAACUAAGCACAAACUGACUCACACAGGAGAGAAACAACAUGGCUGCUCAGUCUGUGGUAAAAGAUUCAUUCAGAAGACUAAUCUGCUGAGGCAUGUUAAAAACAACCACAAAGAAUAAAAACAAGACAAAGGAAGAAAGAAAGUAAAUGAGGACACAGAGAGGGGACUAAGAGAGUAUUGAGAUACACCUGUGGACCAACUCUAACUGGUCCUCCUGAUCCUGCUCAGUCCAAUGUCACAGUAAUGAUAUAAUGGGGCUGUUGUCUGAACCUAACAGGUAAUGUUGCUACUCUUUGUGUAUGAAAUGGACAAUCUGCAGUUCAGACAACCACCACUUUUAAGGUGAACAACUGAGUGAUGGGGUUGGAGAGAGUUGUAAACACUCAAACUCAUAGACGGAUAUCAAAUUUGCCUGGUGCUACUUUGUUCCUUAAAGGUACCAUCAGAGGUGUACACUACAACGCAAGAUUUAGUUAGCUAGAGAUUUAGUUAGCUAGUUAACUAAAUAAACUUUGUAUGGAGAAAGAUAAUUGACUCAACAAACAAACAACGUACGUUAGUGUAGAUUUCUUAAUGAUCCAGAAGAUCUCUAGGUAUUUCUGGUUGCUUAAUAAAGUUAUCUGUUUCAUUGACCCUGCUUUGUAGUGUACCCAUCUGCAGUUCAAACAAGAACAAAGUGGGAAACCUGCCACUGUUUUGGUAAACAACUGAGGGAAAGGGUAGGAGAAAUGUAAAUAUUCAGACAUAUCUUUGGAUGCCAGGACUGAUCACCCAUGAGAUCAAAAUAAUAGUUUUAACCAUAUUAUGUGGCUAUACAGUGUUUGGUUGAAAUGACAUUGUUUUACAAGCAAUGGAGUAAAAUAUGCUUAGUGUUUUAGGUUCAUAUGUUUUGUGUUCUGGUGGGGUAUGACUAUCCAAAGUCCAAAAUGCGAUGUACAAAUCCCAGAUUGCCCCUUAAAACCCCUUAAAAGGGUUCAUUGACGCACCUGUGCGUCACACAGCGACGUCAUUUUGAAUAUAGAAUAGCUCCCUGUGUAUUUAUUAUAGUGUCUGCAGCUUAAUCCCCUCUUUCCGCCGACAUAAUGUUUGCAGCUAUUCUAUAACAUGGGGCUUGUGAAAGUGGCCUUUCUCUACACAUGAGAAGCUCUGGACAAUAAAAUAUUCACAGAAUCAUGUGUUAAACCCAAACCGUGAGAGCUACAAACUAAUGUCACCAAUAUCGAAAGGAGAGACUAUGUUUGGCUCUAUGACAUCUACAAGCUUUAAGGCAGUCCUCUGAACUCUGUCGCGGACUACGUCAUUUCGAAGAGGUGACACAAAACCGACUGUCCCGACCAAACCGUUGGUGCAACAAACAAAUGUCACCAAUAUUCAGUGCUGUAAAGUACUUAGGUAAAAGUACUUUAAAGUACUACUUAAGUAGUUUUUUGGGGGUAUCUGUACUGUACUAUUUAUAUUUUUGACAACUUUUACUUCACUACAUUCCUAAUGAAAAUAAUGUACACGGUCAAAUUCACGCACUUAUCAAGAGAACAUGUGGUCAUCCCUACAGCCUCGGAUCUGGCAGACUCACUAAAUAUAAAUGCAUCGUUUGUAAAUAAUGUCGGAGUGUUGGAGUGUACCCCUGACUAUCCGUAAAUUAAAAAAUACAGGAAAUGGUGCCGUCUGCUUUGCUUAGUAGAAGGAAUUUGAAAUGAUUUAUACUUUUAAUUUUGAUACGUAUGUAUAUUUAGAACCAAAUACUUUUAGACUUGUACUCAAGUAGUAUUUCACCUGGUGACUAACUUUUACUUGAGUCAUUUUCUAUUAAGGUAUCUUUUACUUUUACUCAAGUAUGACAAUUGGGUACUUUUUCCACCACUGGCAAUAUUGAAAACUCUCACGAAUGCGAAUGUGUCUGUUGUUGUGCUUUACAAGCUCCAGGGGAGUCGUCUGAAGGUAACCCAGUACCAGGCUGUAAGUGCAUAGGGCAUAAUGUGUAAAAAUAAAGAAAAACCCUUGAAUGAG